AUGGAAAGACCUCCAAAGAAGAAGGUAACAACGGAAAUUUUUACAAGUAAAUCCGCCACAGGGAAAUUACAAGCGAGAUCAGACGUUGGAGGCUCUUCAGUAAAAAUUAUUGAAACUCAGCCCACAACAAAAACAAUAGUACCCAUCUCACAGGGGGACUCUGCAGUGACCAAUGAAGCAAAAGGCGAUAACAGCUGGCUGGGCAGCGCCAAGGGAAGCAAAUGGGGAGGCACCCACUGUGCUACUAGCAACGUCGAAGAAGAAAGUGCCUAUGCUAUUAGUGACGCCUCUACCAGAGGCGACGCAGAAUCUGCUACCAUGAGCGACGCUGACCUAGCUGCUAAAGGUGGCGUUGACUUAGCUGUUAAGGGUGACUUUGCAAUCAAGGAUGUUGAGGUAGGGAGAAGACGAAUGGCGCCAGAUGCACUCUGGGUGAUACCAGCAACAUACUGGGCGGAGCCAAGCUAG